CACAUUUGUGUUGUGGUGAGAUUGCUCACGCACGCGCGUCCUCCUCCGUGACGUCAGUGAGGUUCACGAGUAUUAAAGCGCGCGAGCGGGCGGUGUGACUGACAGAGUGUUUGUGUCGCAGUUGUGAAGAAAACUAACAAUGGUGCAACUUUCUAAAACUGGAGCGAGAGACUCGCUGAAAGCUGGUCAUCCUCCUGCAGUGAAAGCAGGAGGCAAAAGAGUCGUGAAGAAGAGCGCUGAUGAUAACGCCAAUGUGGAGAAAGAAGGCAAGAAAUUGGACAAAUCCAGGUCCCUGCCGACCCCGUCCAGAAUGCAGCAUCUGAGUCUUCUCCUGGCUGGUCCGCUUGAGAAGUUGGGUCAUGAUUUCCCCGAGACUCCAGUUUCUGUGCGACACAGCCGAGUCAGACCGAGCGCAGAGAAACCGCAUGUCCCACGCAUCUCCUGCAUUCAACAGCCGCGCAAGUUUUGAGCCGAGAUGGCCUCCGCUGCUGAGCUUCUGAAGACAUGACAUGCAGGAAGUGCGUUUGUAGGUGAAUGUGGUGCAUCAUGGACUUGACUUAGUAGCCUUGAAACAAAGUUCCUGUAAUGUGACUUCUGUUCAGCUUAUUUGUUGCAAUCUUUGUAGCUUUUGCAGUUUUGUGCUUGUGCUGUGUGGAAUAUUCAUUAACCCAGUGUGAAUUAAAGCUGUGCUGUUGGAAAGAGUUAGGUUACUGCUUUACUGAAGUGUAGCAUUAAUAUGCAUGGAGUUUUUGGAAACUAUUUUUGAUAAUCAUCAAAAGAAUUUUUUUUUUUUUUUUUUCUCUAUUCUUUCACAAAAUGAGACUUUCAUACCAGUAAAGUUCACUUUUCCAGCAAAUAAAA